AGUUCGCGACCGGCAAACGUGGAAAAUCGAAGAAUUGCUGCAAAUUGGUGACCCCUAGGAGAGUUCAUGGUGGACGUGAUUUGAUGCUGCAGCGCGUAAAUCGAGACAUCAAUUAAUCCAUCACGCAGCUCGAGGUGCAGCUGAACCGCGAAACCGUGCACCCGCUAGUACGAGCAGAUGGUGUUCCCGGCUCCAUAAUCCCUGCUCCAGCAGAUCCACCGUACCAGCCGGAUCGCGGCCAUUCUGGUAUGGCACUUUGGAACCGUACUCUAUUCAUCUGGAACAAACGAAAAGACCACCAGCAGCAGUAGCAGAAGGAUGAGGUAGUUGCGGUUAGCGAUGCACCGGCAUCCGCAUCGGCUUCCUGUAUCACUCAGUAGCUGCCCUAGCAGAUGGGGAAAGUUUUUCUCGCAAGGACAUCGCUUUCACUCUCACUUCGGUACGAUUCGGUUCGUACGGUCCGAUCCGACGACGAUGGCAGCAUCCACAGCAGCCUUCGUUCGGGUUUCGGAUGAGAUGAAGCUUCGGCACCGCAUCCUGUCGGAACUCUAUAAAAGGCGACACCGAGCACUGCGAUGGUUACCAGUAAAUGAAUAGCCCUGCUGCACUGAGCUGUAGUGAACGAAGCAAAUUCAAGCUAUUAUUCCAACACACUAACCCAAGCAACUCCCAAAGGACAUUGGAUAUCGAAGUGAACCGAAGGAUUAAACGAGGAAGCCAAUAACGAACGAAAAAAACCUUGUGUCUAGGUCAGUGAACUAUUGCAGUGCAUCCGGUGGUUGAAUCUUUGAUCAGGAAGAACUUUUAAAAAAUCCACGAAAACCUGUGUGUUUUGUGGCUGUGUGAGGAUCGUAGUGUGCUGUGCGUAGUAACGCGUAGUAGUACCAUGACGAUGACGCUCGAAAAGCUGAGCAGCGGAAGUAGUAUGGGACUAGCAAAUCUCUCAGUGGAUCGUCAUCGUCGUUCAGCCGACAGUUGUACGCCCUCGAUGAUGAUGGACAACUAUUACAUCGAGAUACCGACACCGUCAACGCGCAGCGUCUCACCCCUGUCAGCAUCGGUGUCGCCGGGAAAGGACAAAUCGUUCAGCUUCUUCCGCAGCGUGUAUCGCAAGAUGAGCCUCAAAUCGCACGAAGAUCUCGAUCAGCUGGCCUCAGCGAAUGGCCGGGAUGAGGAUUCGCGCAGCUCAUCCGUCGAUUCCUACUCAUCGAGCAGCGAUCACCGCGAUCCUUCCUCGAUCGGCAAAUCCGGAGCAGAGGAAGACGAGGAAGAGGAUGAGGAGAACAGGCGCUAUUCCAGUGGCGAUCGCAGCAGCAGACGCACGAAAAUGCAGCUACGACUUUCCGAUCAUACGCCACUAGCGAGCACGAAUGAGACUGAAAUUAACGGUAGCAAUGGGUCACAUGCUCCACAAGAACCAACAACGCGUCGCAAGUCGCGUCGUUCAUCCGUGCUGAAGCUACUCGAAAGUCUCGCCAUCAGUUCACCAAUCCGUUCGCGAUCGCUUUCGUGCAGCAGCAGUUCUGUGAACAAUCUGCUGCACGCGAAAGGACGCGACUCCCGGGCGGAAUCCAAGUGUUCCCUGUUCAGCACGAACAGCGCCAACAAUGGGAAUGGCGAUCGCAGCGCUGGCAAGGAAUCGAACAAACCGGCACCGAAGAAGAUCCUCCGUCGGCCCGUAUCGUACACCUAUCUGCGGGGAAUCUCUGGCUUACCAACGCAGCGUGUACCACGAUCGUCGAUCUGCUGCAGUUACUAUGGACGCUAAGGAAACCGGAUGAUUACCAUCAUUAUCGUAUGGUAUUAAGCUAGCCACGUAGGAAACACCAUAUCAAACGGCCUUAUUCUUGUGGCCACACGAACGCGAAACUCGCUCGCCUGCCAAACGCUAACCUGAAGACGCGAUUCGGCUUGAGAUGGAGAACUAUCGAGAUGGACUGAUACGCGCAAAAUACCGUAAGGCCGCCAAUUCCACGCAACGAUUGGGAACAGAUAAGAUUAGUUUUCUAAAUUUAAGAGGCAGCAUGGAACGAUUGGCGUAUCGCCGCGAAUCAACGUACCUUGAUACUUAUUGGCUACGUUACGGGCGGCAUUCGAAGAAGACCGGAGGAGCGGAAAAUAUCGCGACAUUACACGGGAGACGCAUGGAAAGUGCAAUUAUACUAAUCAUUAGGAACGUUCUCGUUAGCUUAUUAGCGGUAUACACUGGCUAGUGACUACAAAAGGAGAGGCUCAAUUCUAUCGCACGUACCGCGAGUGCACUUUCGGAAUUAGCUUAACGAAUUAGAGAACCAUUAUCACAUUUCUCCACGCCACUCAAGCCAUCCAAGCCGCCAAUGGAACGCUCGUCCGUUGCGAUUGACUAGAGAGGAUGAUGUCUGUUGAAGCGGUUUGAAGGAGGAGGAGGAGGAGGAGGUAUCGUAUUCCUAGCUUUGUUAUAGCAGAAUAAGAUUAAUGCUCUUCGAAAAUGGGGUUCCUUAAUCGGGACUGAUUGCCCGUUUUUUUUUUGUAAAUAAAAGUCU